UUUAAAGUUUGGGCAAACAGUGAGGCGAGUGCUAAAUUGAAAAACCCCCUCAGGUUCUUUCAGACCGUAAAAGCCCUAAACCCUUCGGCAACCAAGCAGCGGAACUAACUCUCUCUUCCUCUCUCUACGAUUUUCGCACCCUAACUCAACCAUGACGGAGAUAAAGCUCUCGGAGAUGCGGGAUUUGACCCGAAUCGAAAGAAUCGGAGCCCAUUCCCAUAUCCGGGGUCUGGGAUUGGAUUCGGUUCUUGAGCCACGUGUCUCCUCGGAGGGCAUGGUGGGCCAGACCUCCGCCCGCAAAGCCGCUGGAGUAAUUGUCAAGAUGGUCCAGGAGGGGAAAAUUGCAGGUCGGGCUGUUCUUCUUGCGGGCCAGCCCGGCACUGGAAAAACCGCUAUUGCAAUGGGCAUGGCGAAGUCCCUCGGACAAGAGACCCCUUUUGCUAUGAUGGCCGGGAGUGAGCUGUUCUCUCUCGAGAUGUCAAAAACAGAGGCUCUAAUGCAGGCGUUUAGGAAAGCGAUUGGGGUAAGGAUUAAGGAGGAAACGGAGAUUAUUGAAGGGGAGGUGGUGGAGAUACAGAUCGAUAGGCCGGCAGUGUCAGGGGCGGCGUCUAAGACAGGGAAGUUGACAUUGAAGACAACGGAGAUGGAGACUGUGUAUGACUUGGGUGCAAAGAUGAUUGAGGCAUUGGGGAAGGAGAAAGUUCAGAGUGGGGAUGUUAUUGCUAUUGAUAAGGCCUCUGGGAAAAUUACAAAGCUUGGAAGGUCAUUCUCGAGGUCUAGAGAUUAUGAUGCAAUGGGGCCGCAGACCAAGUUCGUGCAGUGUCCUGAUGGGGAACUGCAGAAGAGAAAGGAAGUCGUGCAUUGUGUGACACUUCACGAGAUCGAUGUUAUCAACAGCAGAACCCAAGGAUUUCUUGCUCUCUUUACUGGCGAUACUGGUGAAAUUCGUGCAGAAGUUAGGGAACAAAUUGACACAAAGGUUGCCGAGUGGAGGGAAGAAGGGAAAGCAGAAAUUGUGCCAGGCGUCCUUUUCAUUGAUGAAGUUCACAUGCUUGACAUAGAGUGCUUUUCUUUUCUCAACCGAGCAUUGGAAAACGAUAUGGCACCUAUAUUGGUUGUUGCCACCAACAGAGGAAUUACAACAAUUCGAGGCACAAACUACAAAUCCCCACAUGGUAUUCCAAUUGAUUUCCUUGAUCGCUUACUAAUCAUCUCCACACAACCUUACACGGAAGAAGAAAUUCGCAAAAUUUUAGACAUAAGAAGCCAAGAGGAAGACGUAGAAAUGUCUGAAGAUGCAAAAGUUUUGCUGACAAAGAUUGGGAUAGACACAUCUUUACGUUAUGCUAUACACCUCAUAACAUCUGCUGCAUUGGCUUGCCAAAAACGGAAGGGAAAGAUUGUGGAAAUGGAAGACAUCAGUCGAGUGUACCAAUUGUUUUAUGAUGUGAAGAGGUCGACACAGUACUUGAUGGAAUAUCAAAGCCAGUAUAUGUUCAGUGACGUAUCAGUGGGUGAGGAGGUUGAAGAUGAAGCCAAUGCCAUGGUUUCUUAAAGAUUUUCCCGGACACGAAUUAGAGUAUAAUAUUACUAUGAUCUUGUUCCUAUGCAUUCUACUUUACAUCCUGAAGCGUAUUGGUCACAUAAGAUGUGUACAAAAGGUGUUAAUUUAAAUUUUUGAAAUUGUUGCAUUCGACUGGGAUGAGGAUUUUCUGUCAUCUGUAGUUCCUUCUAGCGUGAAAUGUAGGUUUGAGGAAGAUCGUUCUUACUCUUCUAAUUAAAGUAUUGACUGUUUCUGAAGUAUAA